GAUGCUCGAGGCUACACCCGGUGACAGACAUGAACGCCGAGUCUGCUGUAACUAGUUCCGUUCAAAAUGAAUUGACACCUUUGGUAUUACGUCAGGAAACUCUAAAUGACGGCCAGGAAGGAGAGUCUCGUGGUGGUUUUCGUCUUUUCAGGAAAUGGUCGCCGUUCUCGAGCAAACUUUCGACAUUCCCGGGCGUUGCCGUUCCAUGCAUCCUUUCAAUUUUUAGUGUGAUUCUGUUUUUGCGGAUUGGAUACGUCGUGGGAAUGUCUGGAGUUGGUGCUUCUCUCGGAAUGUUGGCUCUUUGUUACUUUGUUGUGAUGCUGACUGUGUUGUCAUUGUCGGCAAUAUCAACAAAUGGUGCCAUCAGAGGCGGUGGAGCUUACUUUAUGAUAAGUCGAGCCCUAGGCCCUGAGUUUGGAGGUUCUGUGGGCAUAAUUUUCUACCUGGCCAAUGUCUUUGCCUGUUCUAUCAACACUCUAGGCUUUGUAGAAGCAUUAGUUAUCAACUUGGGGGUCAAAACAGGCAUUCUUACAGAGUCUCUCCCAAAUACGUCUGAAUGGAGAUAUCUUUAUGGAACAAUUGCACUUGUCUUCUGUCUAAUUAUUUGUUUAGUAGGAGCAAGUGUUUUCGCAAUAGCUAGUCUUGCAAUAUUUGUUGCUGUGAUGGUGGCCUUGAUUUCAGUAGUGGUCAGCUUUGCAGUCCAAAGUCAUCUCUCUGUGGUUGUCAUGACCGAUCAUUGUAGUAGUAACACGACACAGAAUCACUUAUUAUAUCGAUGCCAUAAAAAUCAAGAUCUUUGUGCAAACUACACCAGCUGGUCUGUGAAAACAUUCGACGAUAAUCUUCAAUCGGAGUAUGAGCAAGACUACUCAACUUGCAUAAUCACUAAUUUCAGAGUGAUAUUCUCUGUCUUGUUCAACGGUGUUACCGGGAUUAUGGCUGGUGCCAAUAUGUCGGGAGACUUGAAGAAUCCAAGCUUCGCCAUUCCGGUCGGAACAAUUGGUGCUUGCUUGUUUACGUUUAUCAUCUAUGCUCUGAUCAUGCUUUUUACGGGCUUUACUUGCUCGAGAGCUCUCUUACACAACAACUACAACUACAUGCUGUAUAUCAACUUGUGGCAUCCGUUUGUAACUAUUGGUGUUCUCUGUGCAACGUUGUCUUCGUCCCUGAGCACUCUCAUUGGCGCUUCUCGUGUGCUACAAGCGGUUGCUCAAGAUAAUCUAUUUGGAGUCUUCUUGAGGCCUUUUGCCAUCAUGAAAGGAUCCAAGAGGGACAAUCCCGUUUAUGCUCUGUUGCUUUCAUGGAUUCUAGUGCAGGCUGUCAUUGUGAUCGGCGAGUUGAACACCGUGGCUCCGUAUGUCGCCAUGUUCUUUCUGCUUUCGUACAGUAUGGUCAACCUAGCAUGCUUUGCAUUGUGCAUCGCAUCAACUCCUAAUUAUCGACCCACGUUUAGAUUCCAUUCGUGGCACACAGCAUUACUAGGCUUUGUUUCUUGUGUAGCAAUCAUGUUUUUUGUAAACGCUUUAGCAGCAGGACUUGCAAUAGGCGCUGGCAUUCUUCUCUUUGUUAUUGUAUCGGUUAUUGGGCCAGCGACACAUUGGGGAGAAGUCUCUCAAGGCCUCAUAUAUCAUCAAGUCAGAAAAUAUUUGCUUCGACUUGACAUUCGAAAACGCCAUGUGAAAUUGUGGCGACCGCAGAUGUUGUUUCUUGCUACGAAUCCUCGGGCUUCAUAUCCAAUGAUGGACUUUGUUAAUGACAUGAAGAAGGGAGGGUUAUAUGUAUUGGGUCAUGUUGUUGUCGGGUCAUUUGAAGAGAUGAACUUGGUCUUGCAAGAGGAGUUUCGUGUUUGGCUAGAUUUUAUCGACUGUACGAAGCUGAAGGCAUUCGUGGAGCUCACGAUUGCAAAGACUGUCCAAACGGGUGCUCGUAAUCUGAUGAUGAACUCUGGUCUAGGAGGUAUGAAGCCCAAUACUGUAGUUUUAGGCUUCUAUGACCAAUCGGUUCCAAAAAAUUCUCAAAUUAUUACCAAAACGUCUUUGUGGAAAACUAACCCAUUGGUACGGCUCUGUAAUUGUGUAGAGAAAAAUCCUGAGACGAAGUUGGAGCAUAUUAUUGACAGUUUUCCUUCUUUGAGACAGACGGUCAAUGAGCAAGUUGUCAAACCACUGGAGUAUGUUGGCAUUAUUAAGGAUGCAAUACUUAUGAAGAAGAACAUCUGUGUGCUUCAAAAUUUUUCCGUAUUCGACAAGUUUCAUCUACGAGACGGAACCAUCGAUGUGUGGCCAUUGUACAAAGUGGACCUAGAAGGUGAUAGUGGAGAUCAGACUGGAACAUUAAUUCUCCAGCUUGCCUGUAUCCUUCACAUGGUUCAUAUAUGGAAAGGAGCCACGGUGUUACGAGUCAUGGUGUUAGGAGGUGAGGAAGGUGAGGACAAGACCCACUUUAAGAGUCUAUUACAAAACCUUCGAAUCCCAGCUGAUGUUGUGAUGAUUUCUGGAGGUAAUAGUCAUCUGUCGUCUGGCCUUCACCCGGAUUCUUUCUUGGAGUUGGAGGUUUCACAAGAUGUGAACAGGCUAAUGCUCGAGCAUUCACGUGAUGCUCGUGUCAUAUUUACCGCUUUACCUGCUCCACCAGAUAGUGAUGAUGACUGUAUACGAUAUCUCAAUGCCAUGUCAGCGAUGUCAGCCAACCUUCCAUCGAUGGUAUUAGUUCAUGGUGUAGAGCACGUUGUUACCACAACGUUUUGAAGUCAUCUACAUCAUGAUCAAACGAGGAUAGAAACUAUUACUGUAACUGCAGUCUUUACAAUAUUGGGUGUCUAUA